AUGGAGAGAAGACCCCCUCUGAGACCGACAAUCCGGUUGGUACCUGUGACCCCUGGAGGCGCUCUCGCGGCUGUCCUGUUCGGCUCCAUCCUUCGCGCUAUCCUGGAGUUUGCCUUGCCCAAGGACGGCCUCCUCGCCAUCCCGCACGGUGAAUUCAACUUCGACUAUGGCCCCGGCGAGGUCGGACCUCUGCCUACGUUCAUCGAUGCCCCUGCUUCCGACCACUGGGACCCCGAUACAUGCGACAUGCCGCGCAUGGAGGACUGGACCGGGCUCGACUCGCUGCUAUCUCCAGUUACCAGCGUUGUUGUCAUGUUCCUUUGGUCCUUCAUCGAGAGGAAAAUGGACCGCACGCUGUGGACCUGCCUUCCUGCUCACUGGCUGGACCCCGGCUACACCCUUAACAAGACCAGCACCCUCGACGUGUCGAAGAUGUCGACGAUUGCUGAUGACUCGCAUGUGGCUGCAGUUCCCCUCAGCUAAGGAGAUCCUAUUCACAGACCAGGACAGCCCUCGAGAGCAUGCUGCGAAAUGGAAAGAACAGCCGCGAUUGUUUUUGUCGAGAAACGCGGAGGAACCGAUCGGAGGAGGAAAGAAAAUAUCUGAAUGCAAAAUCUUGCCCGAGGUGUUGAGGGGGGAGGGGGAGGUCGUCGGGUACGGAAUCCGGCGUUGUUGCU